AGAGGGAGGGAACAGGGCAGAGCAGGGAAGCCAGCCUGAGCAAACAGCAGCUGAGUGUUCCCAAGGCCGAAAUGCCGAGGAAGCCUGGUUCUCAUCUGAGGGGUGGUCGGAGUUGCUGGCCCCCCAGGCUCUCUUCUGACAUCUCCCUCUGCCUCGUGAUCCUGAUGGGCCAGGUGGGCUUGCUGCAGGGACACCCCCAGUGCCUGGAUUAUGGACCCCCUUUCCGGCCGUCCCGGCACCUGGAGUUUUGCUCCGACUAUGAGUCCUUCGGCUGCUGUGACCAGCGAAAGGACCGCCGUGUUGCUGCCCGGUACCAGGACAUCAUGGACUACUUUGAUCUGAGGGGCCACGAGCUGUGUGGAGGUUACAUUAAAGACAUCCUGUGCCAGGAGUGCUCGCCCUACGCUGCUCACCUCUACGACGCUGAGAACCCGCACACGCCCCUGCGGAACCUUCCUGGUCUCUGCUCUGACUACUGCUCUGCAUUCCACUCCAACUGCCACUCUGCCAUCUCCCUGCUGACCAAUGACCGUGGUCUCCAGGAUGCCCAAGCGAAGGACAGUGCCCGCUUCUGCCACCUCCUCAACCUCCCUGACGAGGACUACUGCUUCCCGAACGUCCUGAGGAAUGACCAUCUCAACCGCCAGCUGGGCGUGGUGGCCGAGGACCCUGAGGGCUGCCUGCAGCUCUGCCUCGCUGAGGUGGCCAACGGGCUGAGGAACCCUGUCUCCAUGGUCCACGCAGGGGACGGCUCCCAUCGCUUCUUUGUUGCCGAGCAGGUGGGAGUGGUGUGGGUCUAUCUCCCUGAUGGCAGUCGCCUGGAGCAACCCUUCCUGGACCUCAAGAGCGUUGUGUUGACCACUCCAUGGAUUGGGGACGAAAGGGGCUUCUUGGGUUUGGCUUUUCAUCCCAAAUUCCGCCGCAACCGCAAAUUCUAUAUUUACUAUUCAUUUCUGGGCAAAAAGAAGGUUGAAAAGAUCCGGAUUAGUGAGAUGAAGGUUUCUCCAGCCGAUCCCAACAAAGCUGACCCCAAAUCAGAGAGGGUCAUCUUGGAGAUAGAAGAACCGGCCUCAAAUCACAAUGGUGGACAAAUUCUUUUUGGCGUGGAUGGCUAUAUGUACAUAUUCACUGGGGACGGAGGGCAGGCCGGGGAUCCCUUUGGCAAGUUUGGAAAUGCUCAGAACAAAAGCUCACUGCUGGGAAAAGUGUUAAGGAUCAAUGUGAAUGGGGCAGGCUCCGAUGGCAGGCAGUACCGAAUCCCCUGGGACAAUCCAUUUGUUUCUGAGCCAGGAGCUCAUCCCGCCAUCUAUGCCUAUGGGGUCAGAAACAUGUGGCGCUGUGCCGUGGACCGCGGGGACCCCAUCACGCGCCGGGGCCGAGGCCGGAUCUUCUGUGGGGAUGUGGGCCAGAACAAGUUUGAAGAAGUUGAUCUCAUUAUUAAAGGAGGGAACUAUGGCUGGAGGGCCAAGGAGGGGUUUGAGUGUUAUGACAGAAAACUUUGUCACAAUGCCUCUUUGGAUGAUGUUCUGCCAAUCUAUGCCUAUGGCCACGCUGUGGGGAAGUCGGUCACUGGAGGCUAUGUCUACCGUGGAUGCGAGUCCCCUAAUCUGAAUGGCCUCUACAUCUUUGGGGACUUCAUGAGUGGUCGACUUAUGGCUUUGCAGGAAGAUAGGAGAACCAAAAAAUGGAAGAAGCGGGACAUUUGCUUGGGCAACACCGUGACCUGUGCUUUCCCAGGGCUGAUCAGCAACUACAGCAAGUUCAUCAUCUCUUUUGCCGAAGAUGAAGCAGGGGAGCUGUAUUUCCUGGCCACCUCGUACCCGAGUGCCUACGCGCCCUAUGGAUCUAUUUACAGAUUCGUUGACCCCUCAAGGCGUGCACCCCCGGGCAAGUGCAGAUACAAACCCGUGCCUGUGAAGACCAAGAGUAAGCGGAUCCCGUUCCGGCCACUUGCCAAGACAGUCUUGGACUUGCUAAAGGAGCAAUCCGGGGGAGCUGCCAGAAGCGCAUCCAACGUGACCUUAGCCUCCAGCGCAGACCGGACCUCGCCCAGGAAGCCGGCUCCUUCCACAGACAGCAAGACAAGGGUGCGAGGGCCUGGUAGAAAGAAGAAAGCCAGAGUGUGGUCCCCAGCCCCCCAGCGGCUGAGGAAGCAGAGCCUGACCGCCGCCCGCAGUGGCAGGAUGAGGCCGUCUUCACGGCGGGGACCGGCGGGGGGAGGCAGUUUCCCUUGACCUUUUGGUGACCGUGGCUGGUGGGGCCAUGGCGGAGAGGAGAACUCCACCUUGCCUCAUGGAAGCCACUGCUCAAACUGGACCCUAGAAAUGUGGGAAGCUGGGGGUGGAGGCAGGGGCUUGUCCAAGGUCCCUCUGGUUGUCCUCUCUGGGAAAUCUUGCUCCCUGCUGAACGACAAGUGUGCUUUGUCCGUUUCCAGUGCUUCUGCAGGCAGGCCGUGUCCCACGUUGCUAGUGUCCCUGGGUUACUACUACUGCGUCUACCCAUCUAGAAACCUGCUUGGAGUUCCUUGGGAUGCCUCCAUGAUGGCUUGUAAAUGCCUGUGACCUGAAGGGAUAGAUCAACACUGGCUGCAGCUGACACCUGUCCUUUGAGCUCCUGGAUGUUUGUCUGGCAUUAGGAAGUUAGCCUGCCUCACAGAGCUUGCCUAGGAGCCAGACUUCUCUGUCCCACCUCAUCUGGGGUCUAGGAGGAGGCCCGUGAGUGACAGCUGCUGUGGAAAACUCCUCUAAAAUGAUGUCCCCUUUGCCCCAGUCCAAAGCUCACCAAGCUAACUAGAACAGGCUCAAUUUUGUAUAUCUAGCACCUACUAUUUGGUCUUGGCAAAUAGAAUGAUAAAUUUAAAUCUGUA